AUGUGCUGGGAGCGGAGAUCCGAGAUAAGAUGUGGCACUGAUGCAACUCAACUGCCACCCCACAAGCCUACCCUCCUUCCCAUAUUUUCGGCUGUGCGGCAUAAACGCCUCGCAAAUCCUCCCUUCGACCGCUCUACGCGACAACGACGAUCGUCCGAAUGCCGAUCGUCCCCUUCUGAUCCCAAAGUACAGCAGCUUUCCCUGCUCGAGCGUCUUCCAAGGAUCUACUGGUUCAUGGACUGGAUGAUAGGAGGUCUUGUCGGAAAGCUCGUUCAUAUGCCCAGAUUCAACCAAGUGCUGUAA